GAGAGAGGCCCUGAGAUGGCGGCGACCGUCUACUCCCCGGCCAGCAGGUUCCACCGUGUCCACGGGGCCAACGUCCGCCUGGACCCCUCCCACACCCAGGCCACCCGCGUGGAGAGCUUCGCCAACGGCCUGUGCUUCAGCCAGGAGCCCCUGGCCCCGGGGCAGAUCUUCCUGCUGGAGAUAGAGGAGAAGGAGCUGGGCUGGUGCGGCCACCUGCGGGUGGGGCUGAUGGCCUGCGACCCCUCCAGCCUGGAGGCGGUGCCCGAGUACUCCCUGCCCGACCUGGUGAACAGGGGUGACAGCUGGGUCUUUGCCAUCACCCGCAACCACAACCGCGUCACGCCGGACACCGCUGGCCAGGAGGCCCCGUGCAGGGCGAGGAGCUUCUUCUCCGACCCCUAUCUGCUCAUCGAGCAGGUCCGGAUCCCCAGGGACAAGCUGGUGGGGCGCAGCAGGCCCGGCCAAUACAGCCACAUCCUGGACGACUUGUACAAGAGCAACGCGCUCCCUGCCACGGCCAGGAGGAGCCGCAUCGGGGUGCUCUACACCCUCCAGCCCGACGGGACGGCCGACAUGCACAUGGUCAUCAACGGGGAGGACAUGGGGCCCAGCGCCAGGGGCCUCCCCGCUUCCCGCCCCCUCUACGCCGUGGUCGACGUCUUUGCUUCCACCAAGAGCGUCCGACUCAUCCAGGUGGAAUACGGCUUUCCUUCGCUGCAGACCCUCUGCCGGCUGAUCAUCCAGAAACACAUCGUGCACCGGCUGGCCAUUGAUGGGCUCGACCUCCCGCCGCUGCUGAAGAACUUCUGCAAAUACGAAUGAGAUCGCCCAGGCCCAUGUG